AUGAAAACCCAGCAGCCAAAGCUUAAGACCCAGCUUUUCUCUUGUGGGUUCUUCGGCCAUUGUACCGGAACAGUCCUCAGCCCCACCACCCCUCAUCCUCCACCUCUCCCUUUCUCCUCCACCGAUCCAUCACCCCCUUCAUUCUCAGCUCCCACUGCUCCAACACAACCCGACCCGCUAACCCACCACCAGUCUCACCCCGACUCCGGAUCAUCUUCCUCCUCCACCUCACAGAGCUUCACCCAAUGGAAAUUCACUCUCCCAUCAGAGUCCCCUAUUCUCUCCUCCUACCCACAACCCGGAUCCGACCCGGAUUUUGACCAUGUCGCCACUUUUCGGUCCAGCCCAGCUCCACCGCCUCCACCGCCCAUGUCCUCCACCGGCCUCCAAGAGCUCUUCCACGCAGCGGAGCUCCAACUCAGCACGGGGUCAUUUCCGGAGCAGCUGGCAGCACUCCACCUCCUGGAACGGUCUCUGGUUCCCUACCCGCCAUCCGACCCGGAAUGCCCGCCCGAACUGAUGCGCGGGUUGGUGCGGAUUUUGAAAAACAAAGCGGGGGCAAAACCGGCAACCAAAGUGUUGUUGGCGCUCUGUUUGGCGGAGCCUAACCGCCACGUGGCGGUUGAGGCCGGGGCGGCUUCUGCGGUGGUCGAGACGGCGCUGGAGCUGGAGGAUGCUGCGGCGGAGCGGGCACUGGCGGCUUUGGAGUUGAUGUGCACUGUGGCGGAGGGGGCGGCGGAGGUGAGGUCCCACGCACUGGCGGUGCCGGUGAUGGUGAUGAUGAUGGGCCGGACUUCAGCUAGGGGGAAGGAGUAUGCGAUAGGCGUGUUGGCAGUUAUAUACGGUGGCGCGUCGGAGGAUGAGGCAGCGGAAGCGGUUUCGGCAGCUCCGGCAGAGGAGGUGGCGCGUGCAGUGGAGUUGGCGUUGAAAGGGGAUUGUAGUGGUAGGGGAAGGAGGAAAGGGGCCCAACUAUUGAAGGCGCUUCGACCAGAAGAAGAAAAAGGAGACUUGAAUUUGGACCCUUGA